CAAUGGCACUGCAUAAGGGCAGCACCACGGGCCGGAUGACGGGGAUGAGCGGCGCUGUGAAAAAAAAGAGCGAGUGUAAGAGCUUGUAUGUACGGUGAACUUCUUUCGCACCAUACGUAGCCAACCGCGCUUAAUCGGAGGUGCGGGGUAAGAAGGACAACACACCCAGCUUGGUGGACACGUCUCGGGGUUGUGGAUCGUGUGGAGUACGACUGGUUGAGUGUCAUUGAAGAAGACUGUCAAGGUUGCGCAGCUCACCCGGCUUGCAACAGCCUCCUCCUCCUCCACCCUGAGCCUCAUCUCCCGUCACCUCAACCACCCACGCCCCUCGCCCGACGCCUCGGCGAGCCACGGAGUCGUGAUCGAGCCCCGCUCUACGGCACGCGGCGCGCCGGGCGCCUCCCAGCUACCCCAGAGGCCACUCGGCGGUGCGGGGCCCCGCCAAGCCCCCCGCAGCCGCCUAUCACGGCCGAGUGCCGCCGCCACCGCCCUCCUCAUCCUCCCCCAACCCUCCCACGGGGAGUUGAGUCCCCGCCUCACGCUCCCAGCUCCGCGGGGCCACGGCGAAGGAGAGGACGGAGUGGAGUGGAGAGAACGAGGGAGCCGAGGAGGAGCCGAGGGGAUUCCAGCGUGGCCGAUCCCGCGCGGUGAGGAUGAAGCCACGCGGCUGUCCAUGGUCCACGGACAGCCGCGUGGUGGGACGCGCGCAGCUCCCGUGCAGGAGGAGUUGAGAACUGUGUGCGUUCCCUGAUCCUUUAAACAGAGCAGAAACAAGUGGUGAAGAUGUGGCGCAGUCUCAAGUUUGUCAACGGUACCGGUGGCCGGCGCCUUCUCUCCCAGAAAACGCGGCACCAGCCCGUGUUGGCGAUUCGCCGGGAAGAUGUCAACGUGUGGGAGAGGCGAGCGCCUCUGGCUCCCAGUCACGUGGAAUUGUUGACUGCCGCCGGCUAUACAGUGUUGGUACAACCUUCUAACCGCCGGGCUAUACAUGCCAAUGAUUAUGUGAAGGCUGGGGCCAUUCUGCAGGAGGACAUCUCGGACGCGACCUUGAUCCUGGGAGUAAAGAGGCCCCCGGAUGGCAAGCUGAUCCCUCACAAGACCUACGCUUUCUUCUCCCACACAAUCAAGGCGCAGGAGGCCAACAUGGGACUGCUGGAGGAGGUGGUUGCAAAGGGCAUCCGCUUGAUUGAUUACGAGAAGAUGGUGGACACCAAAGGAGUGCGUGUUGUGGCCUUUGGCAAGUGGGCUGGAUUCACAGGCAUGAUCAACAUCCUGCAUGGCCUGGGCCUGCGCCUGCUUGCUCUGGGACACCACACGCCCUUCAUCCACAUUGGCAUGGCGCACAACUACAGGAACAGCAACCAGGCCAUCCAGGCAGUGCGCGACGCCGGCUACGAGAUCGCGCUGGGGCUCAUGCCCAAAUCCAUCGGCCCCAUCACGUUCGUGUUCACCGGCACCGGCAACGUCUCUCGGGGAGCCCAGGAGAUCUUUAACGAGCUGCCGUUCGAGUACGUGGAGCCCUACGACCUGAAGCACGUGUCUCUCAAAGGAGAUUCACGCAAGGUGUAUGGAACAGUGCUGAGCCGACACCACCACCUGGUGCGCAAGACGGACGACAUCUACGAUGCCCAAGAGUACGACAUCUACCCAAAGCGCUACACCUCCCGCUUCAACCAGCAGAUUGCCCCGUACACGACGUGCCUGGUGAAUGGGAUCUACUGGGACCCGGACACCCCUCGGCUGCUCAGCAAGGAGGAUGCCCAGCGCCUCAUGACCCCCAUGCACCUGGCAGAGGGCUCCGAGGCGGACACCUUUGUCAAGGGCUGCCCCUAUCUCCCGCACAGGUUCCUGGGCAUCUGUGACAUCUCAGCGGAUCCUGGCGGCUCUAUUGAGUUCAUGACCGAGUGCACCACCAUCGACGCGCCCUUCUGCAUGUACGACGCUAACCAGAAUUUCCACCACAACAGUGUGAAUGAGGAUGGAAUCCUCAUCUGCUCCAUCGACCAGCUGCCUGCACAGAUGCCCGUGGAGGCGACGGAGUACUUUGGAGACCGGCUAUAUCCGUACAUUUUCCAGAUGCUGGCUUCGGACGCUAACAAGCCCCUGGAAAAACAGACGGAAUUCUCUCCUGCAGUGCGAGAUGCUGUCAUUGCGUCAAACAACAAGCUGACACCUAAAUUUGAAUACAUAGAGAAGCUACGAGACAGCAGAGCGAGGGCGCGCAUCCUGAGCGUGGCCGCUAGCAAGCGCGUGCUGGUGCUGGGCUCAGGCUACGUGUCUGGCCCCGUCAUCAAUUACCUGACCCGAGACCCAGACAUCGCCGUCACUAUCGCGUCCAGCCCCGCGUGGCAGGUGAGGGAGAUCUCCGAGCGCUACCAAAACACCACGCCGGUAACCAUCGACGUCGGCAAGGAGCAGGAGAAGCUCUCUAGCCUCAUCAAAGACCAUCACCUCAUCAUCAGCCUCCUGCCAUACACCAUGCACCCCAUGGUGGCCAAGCACUGCAUCGAGCACUCGGUGAACAUGGUGACGGCCAGCUACACGUCUCCCGCCAUGAGGGACCUGGAGAGCAGUGCCCAGAAUGCAGGCAUCACGGUCGUCAAUGAGGUGGGGCUGGACCCUGGCAUCGACCACAUGCUGGCCAUGAAGUGCUUUGACCAAGCCCGGGAGAUGGAUGGCCAGGUGGAGUCAUAUGUGUCAUUCUGUGGGGGCCUCUCGGCACCAGAGUUCUCGGACAACCCUCUCCGCUAUAAGUUCAGCUGGAGCCCACGGGGGGUGCUGCUCACCUCCAUCAACCCCGCUCGCUUCCAAAGACACGGACAGGUGGUGGAGAUUCCAGCUGGAGGUUCGGUGCUGGAUGCGGUGGAGCCAAUCGACUUCAUGCCUGGCUUCAGCCUCGAGGGGGUGCCCAACAGGGACAGCCUGAGCUACGUCAAGGACUACGGGGUGCAUGGCACUACCACGUUCUUCCGAGGCACCCUCCGCUACAAGGGCUAUUGCAGAGUGGCCAAGGCGUUUGUGCAGCUGGGGCUGAUCAGCACAGAGCCACAUGCGGCCCUGCAGCCUGGGGCUCCCGCUCUCACUUGGAGGCAAUUGAUGUGCUCCAUGCUGGGCGUGGACGAGGGAGGGGCGGCCCUGGAGGAGGCCGUGCUGGCUCGCCUGAGCGGCAACGAGCAGAGUCUGCGUGCCCUGCAGCAGUUGGGGCUGCUGGGAGCGCAGCUGGUAAGAGAGGCCCCCAGCCUCGUCGACGCCUUGGCUGCCCACCUGGAGGAGCGGCUCUCCUUUGGUCCCGACGAGCGUGACCUGGUCAUCUUGAGGAACGAGGUGGUCGUGCGCCUGCCCACCGGCGUGCGGGAGAAGACGGUGGUGAACCUGGUGUCCUACGGAGACCGCGGCGGCUACUCGGCCAUGGCCAAGACCGUGGGCUACCCCUGUGCUAUCGCUGCCAAGAUGGUGCUCAACGGAGAGAUCUGGGAGAAGGGCAUGGUGAUACCUCUAAAGCCUCACAUCUACCAACCCCUGCUGGAAAGAAUCCGUGCCGAGGGAAUCAUCUACUCUGACAGCACCACUGUCCAGUAGCGCCACCGAAAUCCCUUGCGCCACCAUUCCCCCGGCGCCACCAUUCCCCCAGCGCCACCACUCCCAGCGCCACUGCACUCCGCCAGCACCAUUUCGCUUUUUCAGCUAUUCAUUUUCCCAGUGUCAGCAACUCUUCCCAGUUCUGAGUUGUCUCUGCCGUGAAUGUUCUGCUCAUUUCAUGUUUUGUUUUUAUGACUUUACAGUCAUUUUGUAAAAUGCUAAAUAACGUUUUCUUUUUGCUCUAACAAUGGGACAGAGCUUAAAUCAGUGGCGGAAAUUCCAUAUCUCUCCCUGUAGUAGCAUGGAUUUUUCUCCUGGUCCUCCGGUUUUCCCUCCACUUUUAGAAUCGAUGUAUUUGGCUGCUCGAAAUUUCCACAUGAUAAGCCACUUUGUUGAGCUGUCAUUUGUGGCCAGGUCGCUCCUGAAAAAGAUCUACAUAGCUCAGUGGGCCUUACCUGGCAAGAUAAAAUAAAACAUAGUUUAAUAGUUUACAGCUUAGUUUCAUCUGUAUGUAUUAUUCCACUCGGGAUGCCAUUCCCUCUGCGGGGUGAAAGCUGCCCGUUCUAUUGCCGUGUAGCACUCGGUGAGUGGGGAGCAGACAGCCGAGCGAGCAGCGCGGGGAAGGUGAGGCAAGGAUUGAAUGCGAUCCCCAGUGUGCGACGGGCGUAUUCAUAAAACUACCACUCUUGACUUUUAGUGGUAAUAAUUUUACUACUCCAGUGCAGUGAAAGGCUGAGUUGACCCCUAACCGGGAUUUCAACGUGCAGCCUUCCAAUUGCGAGUUAUGCAUGCUCACCUAAGUAUGGGAUUAAUAUUGCACUAAGUUAAAUCCACAGGUCCACUGGAAGUAACGCAUACAUUUCUGUACCAUGGACACAAAGUCGAAUCAAAGGAAGCUCACUCAAUGUAAAAUAGGUUCCUUCGGUGAAGUGCUUUUAAAGUCCUACACCAACACCCAUGCAAUGGGACCAAUAAUGCACUUUCAUACCUUACCCUUCGGACAGCUUCAUGAAUUUGUGAACAUUUGGCCUUGUGGUUUUGCGGUAAUGUUAGAACAAAUAUGCAUACGUUUUCUUUGCAUUUAGUUUUUAAUACACAUUGCAUCGAGCGUCGUUACCAUAUCUUUUGGUCUUCAGAAGCAAUGGCAAGCGUGCCAUGGUGCCUUUUUCCCUCGGGGAGCAGUUUGUGUAUUGUCCACCGGUUGGACCAAUGAAGCCUGCCUGAGUAGGAAACGGUUUCGAAAUGCUGUAUUAACGCAUUGUUACAAUGAGAAGGAAUAUGCACGCGACUUCCUGGAUGACUGAAAAGGUCAGUCGUAGUCGUAUAACUGAAUGUGUGGAAAGUUGUCGCAGUAUAAUGCUUUGUAAACUUCACUGUAGUGCGGUUUCCCAUUGCACGUGGAAGAGACUGCAAGCAUACCAUUAUGUAAAUGUAGUUUAAAAGCUUAACACGUAGGCUUUCACAACCAAUGUUAUUCAUAAUAAAGUUUUUUUGGUUAGAUCGCAUAAGUAUAAAUGUGUCGAAACCCUCCACCACCCGACAGCCAAUUAGGGAUUUUUCA